AUGUCCCGGUCUUCCGAGACCUCCUUCUCCGGCCCCGCCGCCAAGUACAUGCGGCAAUCGCCUCGUCUGAACUCUCGCCUCCCUCCUCUCGCUCAUCGUUCCUCCUCCCCGCUACCAUGCCGCAUGGUCGUCCUAUCGCGGGAUAAACUGCAACACGAAUCCUCCGCCCGCAGUCCCGACCUGCGCCGCUGUCUCGCCCACGAUCGCGUCCUGCGUCGAUCCAUCCAGAUCGCCCAGGAAGACAUGAAGAAGGCGAUGGCGGCCCUGCGCGUCGACGACAGCGACAGCGAGGAGGAAUUCGAUCCCGGGUCUGAAACCGCUCCAGUCACUAUCAUCCGGGACCAGAUCGCGAGUGUCGUGAAAUCUUUCGUGCGACGACGGUCGCCUGAGCGAUCCUCUUCCUCUCCUCCUGCUGAGAAAGACCGGCUGAAAGUCGAGCUGGCUCGCGUCUCAUCCAACAGCAGCGCGAAAUCCUCGAGCUCGAGUACCUCCAUCACGUCCCUCUCGUCUAGGUCGCGACGAUACGCGGCAAGACUUGGGCUGGGGCGUCGGUUGUGUUCGCCUUCUGCGGUGCAGCCGAUGGUCAGCUGA